AUGGGCACUUCAGUGAACAUAGUUGUUGGAUCUCACGUUUGGAUUGAGGACCCUAGGCUUGCUUGGAUUGAUGGACAGGUUUCAAAGAUUAAUGGCCAGGAAGCUGAGAUCCAGACGCGUGAGGGAAAGAAGGUUGUUGCCAAGUUAUCAAAAAUUUAUCCUAAAGACAUGGAAGCUCCUGCAGGUGGUGUUGAUGACAUGACAAAACUAUCUUAUCUGCAUGAGCCCGGAGUAUUAGAGAAUCUAAAAACGAGAUAUGAACUCAAUGAGAUUUAUACUUACACUGGAAAUAUUCUGAUAGCUAUAAAUCCGUUCCAAAAACUGCCUCAUCUUUACAAUCCACAUAUGAUGCAACAAUACAAGGGAGCUCAUUUUGGAGAAUUGAGCCCACACGUGUUUGCAGUUGCUGAUGUUGCGUACAGGGCCAUGAUAAAUGAAGGUAAAAGCAACUCCAUUUUGGUGAGUGGCGAAAGUGGAGCAGGUAAAACUGAGACCACAAAAAUGCUUAUGAUGUACUUGGCCUUCUUGGGAGGCCGGGCAGCAACAGAAGGACGUACUGUUGAACAACAAGUUCUUGAAUCCAACCCGGUUCUUGAAGCAUUUGGGAAUGCUAAAACGGUUAGAAAUAACAAUUCCAGCCGGUUUGGUAAAUUUGUUGAGAUUCAAUUUGACAAGCAAGGGAGAAUAUCAGGAGCAGCUAUUAGAACUUAUCUUCUUGAAAGAUCUCGUGUUUGCCAAGUCUCUGAUCCUGAGCGCAACUAUCACUGCUUUUACCUCUUAUGUUCAGCACCAAAAGAGGAAAUUGAGAAGUACAAAUUAGAUCAUCCCAAAACAUUUCAUUAUCUUAAUCAAUCCAAAUGCUAUGAGCUGGUUGGUGUGAAUGAUGCGCAUGAGUACCUUGCCACAAGAAGAGCAAUGGAUAUUGUUGGAAUAAGUAAAGCAGAGCAGGAAGCAAUUUUCAGGGUUGUUGCUGCUAUUCUUCAUCUUGGUAAUAUUGAUUUCGGAAAGGGAAAGGAAAUUGACUCAUCAACUCCAAAAGAUGACAAAGCCAAAUUCCAUCUUCAAACAGCCGCUGAACUUCUCAUGUGUGAUCCUGUCGCAUUGGAAGAUGCAUUGUGUAAACGUGUGAUGGUCACUCCUGAAGAAGUUAUUAAGAGAAGUCUUGAUCCUCAUAGUGCAGCGGUUAGCAGGGAUGGAUUAGCGAAGGCAACAUAUUCGAGAUUGUUCGACUGGUUGGUAGAUAAGAUCAAUAACUCAAUUGGGCAAGAUGCUAAUUCAAAAUCUCUCAUUGGGGUUCUUGAUAUAUAUGGUUUUGAGAGCUUUAAGAACAACAGCUUUGAGCAGUUUUGCAUUAAUUUUACAAAUGAGAAGUUACAACAACAUUUUAAUCAGCAUGUAUUCAAAAUGGAACAAGAAGAAUACACGAAGGAAGCAAUUAAUUGGAGCUAUAUUGAGUUUGUCGAUAACCAAGAUGUUUUAGAUCUUAUUGAAAAGAAACCUGGUGGAAUCAUUGCUCUUCUUGACGAAGCUUGCAUGUUCCCAAAAUCAACCCAUGAGACUUUUUCUAAUAAGCUCUAUCAGACAUUCAAGAAUAAUAAGCGGUUCGUCAAACCAAAAUUAUCCCGCACAGAUUUUAUUAUUGCACAUUACGCAGGACAGGUUCAAUACCAGUCUGAUCAGUUUUUGGACAAAAAUAAGGACUAUGUGGUUCCUGAGUAUCAGGAUUUGUUAGGUGCUUCCAAAUGUUCUUUUGUGGCAGGACUUUUUCCUCCAAUAGCUGAAGAGACCACAAAAUCUUCUAAAUUUUCUUCAAUUGGUUCACGUUUUAAGUUGCAACUACAACAAUUGAUGGAAACUCUAAAUGCUACGGAACCGCACUACAUUAGAUGUGUUAAGCCAAAUAAUCUUCUGAAACCUGCCAUAUUCGAAAACCAGAACAUUAUGCAACAACUACGUUGCGGUGGUGUUUUAGAGGCAAUUAGAAUCAGUUGUGCUGGAUAUCCGACUCGCCGUCCUUUCUUUGAAUUCUUAAACAGAUUUGGGCUUCUUGCACCUAUGGUUCUGGAAGGAAGUUAUGAGGAAAAGUUGGCCUGUCAGAGGAUUCUCGAAAAGAAGGGGUUGAAAGGUUUCCAGCUAGGUAAAACGAAGGUCUUCCUAAGAGCUGGUCAGAUGGCUGAAUUGGAUGCACGUAGAGCGGAAGUUCUUAGUAUUGCAGCGAAAGCUAUACAACGACGCACAAGGACUCAUAUUGCUCGUAAACAUUUUAUAGCUGUGAGACAGGCUGCCGUUUAUAUUCAAUCCUUAUGCCGAAGUGGACUAGCAUGCAAAAUUUUUGAGACUGUAAAAAGGGAAGCAGCAGCAGUGAAAGUACAGAAAAACACGCUCAGAUACCAAGCUAGAAAAGCAUAUAACAUGCUCCGGAUAUCUGUUCUUAUUAUACAAACAGGUCUGCGGACCAUGGAUGCCUGUAACACAUUUAGAUUUAGGAGGCAAACUAAAGCGACAACUGUUAUUCAGGCACGGUGGCGCUGCCAUAAAGCUGCAUCUUAUUAUAGAAAGCUAAAGCGGGGAACAAUAGUUGCACAAUGCAGAUGGAGAGGACGGAUCGCAAAACGAGAAUUACGGAAGCUUAAGAUGGCUGCUAGGGAAACAGGUGCACUCAAAGAGGCUAAAGAUAAGCUGGAAAAACAGCUAGAGGAACUCACAUGGCGCUUGCAACUUGAAAAGCGUUUAAGGUCUGACCUGGAAGAAACAAAAGCUCAAGAGAUAACAAAGUUGCAGAAUACGAUAGAAGACAUGCAGAAAAAGGUUGAUGAAACUAAUGCGCUGCUUAUUAAGGAACGUGAAGCUGCAAAGAAAGCAAUUGAAGAAGCACCUCCUGUUGUCAAGGAAACUCCUGUCUAUAUUGAAGAUACCAAGAAAAUUGAAUCUUUAACUGAAGAAAUUGACAAGUUAAAGGCAUCUUUGCGAAAUGAACUGGAUUGUUCUGAAGAGUUGCGAAAUAAGUAUGUUGGGGCACAAGAAUCUUGUGAAGAGAGUCGUGCAAAAUUAGAAGAGGCAGAAAAAAAAGUUCAUGAGUUGCAAGAAUCUCUGCACAGGCAUGAAGAGAAGGUGAAUAAUUUGGAAUCGGAGAAUAAAGUUUUUCGUCAACAGGCUGUGUCAAUAGCACCAAAUAAGUUUCUUUCCGGGCGCUCAAGGUCAAUCAUCCAGAGGAGUGACAGUGGGCAUGUUUUUCCUGAUGCUAAGUUGCAUGUGGAUCUGCAUAGCCAAUCAUUUACUGAAGCUGAUGACAAACCUCAGAAAUCACUUAAUGAGAAACAACAGGAAAAUCAAGAGUUGCUCAUUCGUUGUAUUUCGCGGCACUUGGGCUUUGCUGAAAAUAGACCAAUAGCAGCUUGUAUAAUAUAUAAAUGUCUUUUGCAUUGGAGAUCAUUUGAGGUUGAGAGAACCGUUAUCUUUGACAAGAUCAUUCAAACUAUUGGGCAUACUAUUGAGAAAAUACAGGAUAAUAAUGAUAUGUUGGCUUAUUGGUUGUCAAAUGCUUCUACCCUACUAUUGCUCCUCCAGCGUACACUUAAAGCAAGUGGUGCAGCUGCAAUAACUCCUCUACGCCGACGGUCAUCCUCAGCUACUUUGUUUGGAAGGAUGUCACAGAGCUUUCGAGGAGUACCACCUGGAGUAAAUAUUUCCUUUAUGAAUGGCCUGCCUGGUGGAGUAGAGACCUUACGCCAAGUAGAAGCCAAAUACCCUGCGUUGUUGUUCAAGCAGCAGCUCACGGCAUAUGUAGAGAAAAUCUAUGGAAUGAUAAGAGACAAUUUGAAGAAGGAGAUAUCGCCAUUGCUUGGUUUGUGUAUUCAGGCACCAAGAACUUCCAGAGCAAGCUUAGUUAAGGGAUCAUCACGUUCUGUUACCAAUACAGGAGCCCAGCAAGCUUUGAUUGCUCAUUGGCAGGGAAUUGUGAAGAAUCUAGGCAAUUUCUUGGAUACUUUGAAAGCUAAUCAUGUACCCCCUUUCUUAGUCCGCAAGGUGUUCACGCAAAUAUUUUCUUUCAUCAAUGUUCAAUUAUUUAACAGUCUUUUAUUAAGACGAGAAUGUUGUUCAUUCAGCAACGGGGAAUAUGUGAAAGCGGGAUUGGCUGAAUUAGAACAUUGGUGUAUCAAUGCAACUGAAGAGUAUGCAGGUUCAGCCUGGGAUGAGCUCAAGCAUAUAAGACAAGCCAUUGGGUUUCUGGUUAUCCACCAAAAGCCAAAGAAAACAUUGGAUGAAAUAAGUCAUCAACUUUGCCCAGUCCUCAGCAUUCAGCAGUUGUAUCGAAUUAGUACAAUGUAUUGGGAUGACAAGUAUGGCACACACAGUGUGUCUUCGGAUGUUAUAUCCAACAUGCGGGUGUUGAUGACUGAAGAUUCAAAUAAUGCAGUAAGCAAUUCCUUUCUGCUGGAUGAUGAUUCCAGCAUACCAUUCUCGGUGGAUGAAAUAGCAAAAUCGAUGGAACAGAUAGACAUCUCAGACAUUGAACCACCGCCUCUAAUGGGUGAAAACUCGGGCUUCAGCUUUUUACUCCCGCGCACUGGCUAA